UCAAUAAUAUCUCUACUCUUUAAGAACCAGAGUUACAAGAUUUCUUCCAACUUUUCGGCUUAUUUUCUGACACGAAACAACAUGGAUGAAGUUGUCAGCAUUCCUUUAAGCAACAGACGAUUUGAUUGGUUUACACAAACUAUUCAUCCAAUCGGACCAAGUUUUACAGAUAAAGCAUUCACUAACAUGGCUACUUUCAUGUCCGCUUGCAAGGUAAACGUGAAAAGUUGCGUUUUUUGUUUACUUCAAACAAGUGGUCCAUCAUGUCUGGCACAGAGAGGGAUUCAAACUUCAUGCGUUCUAAACAAAAAACACAUUCGUGCAGGAAUCUAUAAAGUCACUAGGAAAAGAACAGUUACACUAACAUAUGAGGAGGCAAAACCACCAUAUAAGAUAGGAGUCGAUAAAUCAUGGUUGUCAUGGAAUACAAGUAACUUGAUUGGUGAGGGACGGAAGAGCGAGACUACAAUAGAGGAUGCAUUUAUUCGGCGUUUCAUGGACGGAACAUGGCCACAAAAACUGGCUUCUGAUGUAAUUAUAAAGAGGCGACAUAACAUGAUAUAUGUAGUAGCUUAUAUUAAAAGACGCUUAUUGGAUGACAAAGAUUUACAGAAAGUUUAUUUUUUAGUAGGCUACACAGAAGAACUGUUGUCUUGUUUAUUAAAGUGUCAGGUUAAGUUAGAACUGCCAGCUGUUAGACAGCCUUCUGAUAUGAUUUUCAAGAGGAUUUAGUGACGGGAUAAUUUUUAUGAAGUGAUCAAUUUAUUAAAAAAAAAAAUUGUGCAUUUUUGUCUUUGAUUUUCUGUUUAACAGUUACAUGUUAAUAAAUUCAGAUGGUGCGGAU